AACAUAAACUCAUUCACCUCAGUCGUGCCUGUCCAUUGAUUUUUAACCUCGUCAACCCCUAAGCAUGAGGCUAUUCUUCAGUUUAAUUUUGCACCUUAUCCCCCUCUGCUGGCAUAUCGCAAGCGUUCUUUCUGCGCAAUCGAAUUCGAUUGUCCAACAAACGGCCUACAACGAGCAACGCGGCUGUAUUAAAUCUUGUCUCUGGGGGUCCCCUCCGAACGGAGAUCUAUCUGUCCAACUUGGAUGCUCAUCACCCUGGGUGAAUGAAUGCUACUGUCGGGCUGACGCACCCCCUCGUGCAUCGAAAAUACUGUCCGCCUGCAUAUCGACCGCCUGCACCGACGUUGUGUCGCCCACGAUAGAUGUGAGCAGCGCCAUUAGUGUAUAUAAUGGAUAUUGCGCCAAGGCUAUGAGUUUCCCAGCUACAAAUGCUGCAGAGCCUACGGUACCGGGCGGCGGAAGUGUUACUACUGUCAUUUCGGUUGCCACAGUAACAGCAGCCAGCGGAAGCCAAUCAUCAAGUAAGUGUAAUUAUUUGGUGUACGGGGCUUUCGUUGUUCUUGUUAGGUUAAUAGGGUGUUGAAUGGCUUAAUCACGACUUGGAUGACGAUAUCCCUACCGCCCAUAACGAGCACCCCGGGGAGAAUAGUUACACUGCAGUCCACAGUCACCGCCGCACCAACUCUUACAGCCGAGAAGAAACAGGGAGGGGGGCUGAGCUCGUCGGACAAAAUCGCGCUUGGCGUCGGAAUUGGAAUAGGACUUCCAGCAACAAUUGCGGCAUUGGUCACGUGUUGUAUACAGAUCAAACGCAGUACUAUCAGAUAGCAC